AUGCACACAAUGUUGAUCAAUAAACCACCGGAUACUGGUUCUCAACUUUCUCGCCACCCACUGCAUCAAGACCAACAAUACUUCCCAUUUGGCCCAUCUGAUGCCAUUGUUUGUGCAUGGACUGCUAUGGAAACUGUGAACCGAGCAAAUGGAUGCCUCGUCGUUGUGCCUGGCACUCACAAAGGACCCGUUCAUCCACAUGAAUACCCGAAAUGGGAGGGAGGAGUCAAUCCACUCUAUCACGGAAUCCAGGACUUUGAUCCAAAUAUGCCAAGACUUCAUUUGGAAAUGCAGGCUGGCGACACUGUAUUCUUUCAUCCGAUUCUAAUUCACGGAUCUGGAACAAAUAGAACCACAGGUUUCCGAAAAGCGAUCUCCUGCCAUUUCGCCAAUGAUGAUAUUUGUCGCUAUCAGCCAAUCACUCAAGGACAGAGCAACACAGCAAACGAGAUUGUGGACACGGCACAAAGAGUGUUGAAGAAAUUUGGAAUCGAUGAUGCUGAUGCGAAAGAAGCGAUUCCUGAUCUGGAGGGAGUUUGGCGAAUGAAAGCAAAAGCCGUGAGCGGAGUGAGGAACCAUCUU